AUGUCUGCACGGAAACUGGGAGGCGGCCGUAUACUCGGCAGUGGCAAAGGUCUUGCGCCUCCCACCCCCCCGACCGCUCCUCCAUCCGACAGCACCGUGUCCUUGGGCUCGGCGUCUCCAUCCCCCCCGGUCAGCGGGAGCCUGCCAGACUUGGGCCAAGACAUCGGCGCGAGCAUAAGCGUCGGGGCCCAAGCAAAGUCCAACGCAGCCAACAAGACCGCUCUUUUUUGCCCCAUCUGCAAUGAAGAAAUGGUCACUCUGCUCCAGCUCAACCGACACAUCGACGACAGCCAUCAAGAGCUACCCGAGGCCGCGCAGAACGAAGUCAAGACGUGGUUCGACAAGCAGGUUCUGAAAGCCAAACGCUUCCAACCGCUGUCCCUCAUCAACCAGAAACUCCGCGGGUUGGAAGUCUUCGAGUCGAACGAGUCCCUGCCGAUACCCACCUCCGCCACGGCCACGGCUGCGGCUGCGGCCACGGCUGCGGGCAAGUCUCCGGCCGAGGCUCCCAUUGACCCUGACGAUGUUAUUACUCGCAGCCACUGGCAGAGAUCGACGCAUUUUGACGCGUGUACAGAUCCAGCUUGCGGUAAAAGACUGGGGCCAAUGAACGGCAGCGUCAACUGCAGGCACUGCGGAAAGCUAUUCUGCGAGGAACACACAAUGUACCAAAUGAAGCUGAGCCGGACUGCGAGUCACGAACCGGUGCGCGGCUACUGGGCAAGAGUGUGCGAGACGUGCUACAAGUCGAGGGACGGGUACAAUGACCACAAUGGCGUGUCUGUAGACCACAUGGACUUCUUCUCGGGAAUCAGGAGGACCAAGGUAGAACGACAAAAGCUGGACGUGUCGAGAUUAGAGAAGAGACUGACAAAGCUAACGAAACUCUUGUCUCGACCCCCGGACAAGCUCCCGUCGCACAAUGGGUCCAUCCUAUCCCCAGUCUCAACACUCACUGGCCAACUGACCACGAGGAAGCUGCUGGAGCAAAGCGUCGUGACUUGGCAAGACGACGACAAAGUUACCCAGUGCCCGCUCUGUCAACAAGAGUUUGUUAGCCUCAAUAUCACUAGUACACCGGCAAACCUGUCGCCCGAAAAGACGCCUCCGGCCGGACCGGCAGAUGUCCUCGCCCUGGCCAUCCGCAUGUGCCGCGAAUGCAACCACACCAUCUUCUCCGGCCGCGACUUCACGGCAUCGGUGCUGCACAAGCCCCCCGACCAAAGGGCCUACGACACGCUCCGCCAGUUCGAACGCGGCAUCUGCCAGCUGCUGCCGGCCUUCCACAGAGCCCUCCAGCUCCUGCAACCAGCCGCCCUGCCCAGCGGGGAGACGGACCUGACCAAGCCGCCCCCCACGCACGCCCAGAUCCAGGAGGCGGGCAAGAUCCGCAAACGCCUCAUGGACAGCUUCGGCAAGUACGGCGUGGCCGCCAAGAGGCUGCGGGACCUCGAGACAGGCAGUCCCACGCAGCAGAGGCUGCAGCAGGCCGUCUACGCCUACUCGAGCAGCUUCCUGCACGCAAACAUGCUGCCGCUCAAGAGCCUGCCGCAGCUCCUGCGCCGGCGGUCCGCGGCCUCGCACCCGUCGCGGUUCCUGACCAUUCCGGCCCAAUCUACGUCGAGCCUGCGCCAUUCCGAGCUGGCAUCCGAUGCGGGAUCCCAAGCAGCCAGCGAGGCCAGCACCGUCGUCAGCCAGCUCGAGACUGAGGAAAAGGACCUCCGGGAACGGCUCGCCGUGCUGGAGGAGCAAAAGUUCCUCGUCGACGAGAUGAUGCGCUCCGCCACCAGCGCCCGCCGCUUCGAAGAAGCUGGCGCCCUGUCCGCCAACGCCUUUGAGCUGGACAAGGAGGCCCAGGAGCUGAAGACGAAGAUUGACAGUGUCGAGCAGAAGUGGGAACAUGCCCAUCGCAGCGGACUGGCGUGA